AUGUCAACCAGGGUGUUGAUCCAUGAUUACCCCCAUCGAACAGUGGCCCUUGCAACGGAUGAGCAUGUCCUGGUGUUUCGCCAUUCCCAUGCCGCACCAGAGAGUGGUAGAACCUCAAUUUCCAGCUCGACCAGCCUUCCCCUGGGCAACACGAGUCGAUCAAAUUCGACCCCUCGAUGUAUGGUCGAGUUCGGAGACAAGUCUCUCAUCAACCUUGAACAUUUUCAUCCUGUCACUACCGCGAGGGGAACUUUAGGUCUCAUCACCCUCAACAACGACGUCUUCCUUUGCGUCAUCACAGGGUCAGAAGAGGUGGCUACUGUGAGGCCAGGCGAGACGGUCCAGAAGAUCUUCGCUGUCGAAUUCUACUGUCUCAACCGUGCGGAUUUUGACCAUGCGCAUGGCCCUUAUCCGAACCCGUAUCCUGGACAGAUCUUUCAGUCAGACGACGUCGACUACACUCAGGGCGACGACGUCUCGGAACAUCCAUUCCACGCCUUGAGGAAACUCCUGAGCAACGGCAAUUUCUACUAUAGUGCCGAUUUUGACCUUACUCGACGGCUACAGGACCGUGCCGAGGCAGAAAGCACCGUAGACAUUACCAGUCUCGACGAAGGCCUCCUCUGGAACUCUUAUAUGAUUGAUCCGCUGAUCAAAUUCAGGAGCAGGCUUACCGAUCACGAGCGAAACGCUCUUGACCGCUCUCGCCUUCUUACCUCUGUGAUUCGAGGCUUUGUCAAAAGUUUGCCGAUACCACCUUCUUCCUCUCCGAUCCGGGGAACUGUGCCAGGUCCACCCACAACCUUAACCAUCAUCUCUAGAUUGUCGUCCAGAAGAGCCGGGACACGUUUCAAUUCUCGAGGCAUUGAUGAUGACGGCAACGUUGCCAACUUUGUCGAGACUGAGACCGUCUUCUGGUCUCCCACUGGCCUUUGCUUCUCCUACACUCAAGUGCGCGGCAGCAUACCGAUAUUCUGGGAAAGCUCAAGCAGCCUGAUACCUGGCCAACAAAAGAUCCAGAUUACCCGCUCGCCGGAGGCUACACAGCCGGCCUUUGACAAACAUUUCGCAAGCCUGGAGAGAACGUAUGGUGCUGUCCACAUCGUGAACCUUCUUAGCGCCUCCAAACCGGGCGAGGUCGAGUUGACAGAGAGGUACCGCUAUCAUGUGAGUAGGAGUCCACUACGACGUCACGAGGAAGGUGAAGUGGAGGAACAUCAUCUACUUCACGAAACAGAAUUCGAUUUUCACGAACGGACUCGUGGGCCGAGCGGAUAUGAAGCAGCGAAAGCAAUCCGCCCAUAUCUGGACGCAAGUGCUGAGUCGUUCGUUUACUUCCUCUCAGAAGAAAUAGAGGAGGUCGCCAUCGAUCACGGCAGAAAAAAGCUUGUCAGAAGACCGAUUGUCAUCAUGCAACAGAACGGCAUCUUUCGUGUCAACUGCCUAGACUGCUUAGAUCGAACGAACCUUAUACAAGGCAUAGUCAGCCAAAUGGCGCUGGAGUUGUUUCUGUCUCAUCGGGACGAACGAGGAAAUUCUGACUUUUGGAUGCGCCAUUCUGCAUUGUGGGCUGACAAUGGCGAUGCUCUUUCGAGAAUAUAUGCUGGGACUGGGGCGUUGAAGAGUUCAUUCACCAGGCACGGCAAGAUGAGUCUUGCUGGUGCCCUUGCGGAUGCCCGGAAGAGUGCUACUCGUCUCUAUGUCAAUCACUUUGAGGACAAAAACAGGCAGAAUACCGUUGAUCUAUUGCUCGGCAGGUUGGUCGGACAGACGAGCGUAGAUCUAUUCGACCCCAUCAACGACUGGGUCGUCGCAGAAGUUGCGAGACGAAGACCAGAGUUUGAGUCGAGGGAUCAGCUCAGGCUUGGCAUGGGAACAUACAACUUGAAUGGCAAAACAACUGGAAUCCACGAGGACUUGACUCCAUGGCUGGACGUUCGCGGGAAGAACCUGGACAUUGUGGUGGUUGGUUUCCAAGAGAUAGUCGAGCUGAGUCCACAGCAAAUCAUGAGCACAGACCCCAAUCGUCGAAUGCUGUGGGAAAGGGCGGUCAGAAAUUGUCUCAACGGGCAUGGCCCCGACGAGAAAUUCGAGGGAGUACCCACGAAGGGAGACGCAUAUGUCCUUUUGAGGAGCGGUCAAUUGGUGGGAGCUGCAUUGAUGGUCUUUGUCCGUUCCAGCAUUCUGGGCCGAAUCAAGAAUGUGGAGGGUGCCAUCAAGAAAACCGGUAUGAGUGGAAUUGCUGGAAAUAAAGGCGCCGUCGCCAUCAGAAUGGAUAUUGAAAGCACGUCGGUAUGUUUCGUCACCGCCCAUUUGGCCGCAGGAUUCGCCAAUUACGAAGAACGCAAUCGCGAUUACAACACAAUCACCUCUGGACUGAGGUUCCAACGGAACCGGAGCAUUGAGGACCACGAGAUCAUCGUUUGGGCGGGGGACUUCAACUACCGAAUCGGCCUGGGCUAUGAGCGAGUCAAAGCCCUCGUCACUGAAGCUAUGAUCGGGUCGGAGAAAAUUAGGGAAGAGGCAUUGGGCAAGCUUUAUGAAAACGACCAAUUAAACAUCCAGAUGGUGGUGGGAAAUUGCUUCAACUAUUAUCGGGAAGGACGGGUCAAGUUCCUGCCGACAUACAAAUACGAUAUUGGCAAAGACGAAUUUGACUCGAGUGACAAGCAACGCAUACCUGCCUGGACCGACCGUAUCCUUUGGAAGGUCAACCACAACCGGAAUGCGGUCCAGGCUGGUGGGGUACUCGGCUCCCAAAUGAAGCAACUGGAAUACGACAGCGUCAUGGGCUUAAGAUUUAGCGAUCACAGGCCAGUAUAUGCUAUAUUUGAUGUGGGUAUCAGGGUGGUAGAUGAAGAGAAGAAGGAUGCCUUGACCAAAAAACUAUACUCUAAGAGAGCGAAAGAAAUGAAAAGCAAAGCAGGUGAUUCCACAGAAGGGUUGGAUGACAUUGAGACUGAUGACGAAAGCGAUAGCGUGAUGGAGAGUCUAAUGGGAUAUGAGAGUAUUCAAGAAGGUCUACCUCCGGCCAGCAGCGACAAGAGGAAGUGGUGGUUAGACGGAAAUAAAGCUGCAAGAAGCGCGAUUCGACCACCAAAGGAAGGAAUGAUGUUGAGCGGGAACCGCGAGGGCAAUCCAUGGAGGGAGGGUGGAGAGGACGACUGGGUCGAAGUCGAAAGACCUCCUAUUAUGGACAACAAUAAGCCAGGAAGCAGACCAGGAAGCAAGAAACCAGAGCCGCCGCCGCCACGAACGGUGAAAAGAACGGUACCUCCACCCUGGGAGGGAGAACGAGUUGCGAUUCCCUCAACAACAGCCGCGGAGAUGAAGUCCCUUCGACGUCCAACGCCCCCAACACCACGAGGAGGUUCGGCUCCACGGAACAGAGCUUCAAGCGCUACCACCUCUCCUGUACGGUCAGCCCUGUCUUCAGCAGGCGAUUUAGUAAACAUCCCUGCGAGAUCCUCCUCAGCGGUGGGAUUCCCUAAGAAACGACCUCCUCCCAAACCCACGAAGCCGACAGCUCUCACGACUUCGUCAAGCCAAGUGGCCGUCCCGCAACUGAGUCCCCUUGCUGCCCCUGCCCUGCCACGGUUGGCGAGUGUGUCUCGUUCAGACCUGGUCACGGCGCCUGAAGCCGAAGAGCGACCUCCACCGCUGCCCAAACGCAGAGAGACCGCUAGUUCAACAGCCUCGUUCGUGAGCGCCCCUGAUUCUGUCACGUCGGGACCUGGUGCGGGAGGCCAGCAGAAGGGCGCCAAUCAUCCCCCUCCACCGCCACCUGUGAGAAUAUCAAAACUUCAACAGCAGCAGACACAACGCAACCCCGAUGCAAACGACGCUCCGGCACCGCCCUUGCCACCGAGGAGGGAUACAGGCAGCAGUAACAGCGCUCCUUUGCCCACGAGGAACAGAAAGGAUGGCGAUGCGAAUGCGAACGGGGGACUCAUGGACGAGGAUGACAGAUCGGGAGCGAGUAGGUUGGACAGGUACAAACCGCUCAUGCCCAGUUGA